GGACAUUAAUGUGCGUGUGUGCGUGGUAAUAAGCGCAUCUCAUUCGCUGCUUCUUCCAGAGGCGGAGCAGCAGGCUUGCCGGCUGCCCACACAGAGUAGCUCUGUCUCCGGUUGGGUUGUCUUUUUAUUUACCAUCCGCUCGCCGGUGUGCCGUUCCGGCCCGACAAAGUCGUGGGACACUCGCGUGUCUUGAGACUUACUUGAAGUGGACCAUGGCAGCCAGAGAGGAGCUCUACAGUAAAGUCCUUCCUCGGAGACUCCGUCAGAACCGGUCGGGUUCCGCGAAAUGCAGCUCCAACCUGGAUGUGCUGUUGUCUAUGGGCUUCCCGAGACAAAGGGCGUUAAAAGCGCUAGCGUCAACCGGAGGCCGGAGUGUUCAAGCAGCUUGCGACUGGUUGUUUUCCCAUGUGGACGACCCAUUCCUGGAUGACCCUUUACCCAGGGAGUUUGUCCUUUACCUGCGACCCAGUGGACCACUACAGAACCAGCUCUCCCAUUUCUGGCAACAGAGUCGGAUCGCAUGUGGCAAAAACAAAGCCCACAACGUUUUCCCACACAUCACGCUGUGCCAGUUCUUCAUGUGUGCGGACCACAAGGUAGAGUCUCUCUGUGAGGCCCUCCAGACUACCGUACAGCAGUGGCGGGGUCGAUUUCCCAGCCCCCUGCCCCUGGAACUGUACACUUCCUCCAACUUCAUUGGUCUUUUCGUAAAGGAGCAUGUGGCUGAGGUCCUGAAGCAGUUUGCGGCUGACUUCGGCACAGAGGCAGCGAGGAAAGCUGCAGAGGUCCAUGUGGAGCCUCAUAAGAAACAGCUCCAUGUAACACUGGCCUACAAUUUCCCCACCGAUCACCUCGCCACACUGGAAAAACUGGCGAAGGGCAUCGAGGUGAAGCUAGGUUGUGAUUGGCUGGCAGUUCUUUUCUCCCGGGACAUUCGUUUUGCAAACCAUGAGACUCUACGAGUGAUGUACCCCUACACACCGCAGAAUGAAGAUGAGAUGGAGUUGGUGGUGGGGGAUUUUGUCUUCAUGUCUCCAAUGGACCAGAGUAACGCCACGGAGGGCUGGGUGUACGGGACCUCCCUCGCCAGCGGGCUAUCAGGCCUGCUGCCCGAAAACUACGUGGGCUUAGCUGACGAGUCCGACACUUGGGUCUUCCAUGGCUCCCAUUCAUUCUUCACCUCUGAGCCCUCUGAUAAAACCAUUAGGGAGAGGAGAAUGUUUGUUGGACUGCUGGACAGCCGACACCACGAUACAAGUCCUGGAGACACACCAACUGUCAGUCUUAUUUGUCAUCCAGUGCAGCAGGUCCUGCGGAUUACUGGUAAUCACACUCGUCAGCCCAAGCGGUCAUUUUUUGUUUGUCGACACGGUGAAAGAAUGGACGUGGUCUUUGGAAAACACUGGCUCUCACUCUGCUCAGACAGUAAAGGUAGAUACGUCCGUUCCAAUUUAAAUAUGCCACUGACUUUGCCACUGUGGGGAGCACAAAGGGAUUAUGACAUGGACGCACCUGUGACUGUGUUUGGAUCCACGCAAUCACAAUUAGUAGGUGAGGCCCUUUUAGAAGGUAACAUUGUGAUCGAUUUUGUGUAUUGCUCACCUGCUCUGCGAUGUGUUCAGACUGCCCAGAGCAUCUUGAAAGGUAUGCAGCAGGACGGCAAGCUGAAAAUUCGGGUGGAGCCGGGUCUUUUUGAAUGGACCAAAUGGCUUUCCAGGAACUCCCUGCCUGCAUGGAUACCUCCUGCUGACCUUGCUGCAACCCAUUUCAGUGUGGACACGACAUACAGACCGCUGAUCCCCAUCGGUAAGCUUACAGUGUCGGAAUCGUAUGAGAACUACAUGAGUCGAAGCCACCAAGUGACCAAAGAGAUCCUAUCAGACUGCAAAAACACUGGAAACAAUGUGCUGAUUGUAGCUCACGCCUCUUCCCUUGAGGCCUGCACACGCCAGCUGCAGGGUUUCGUCCCGCGAAGCGCCAAAGACUUCAUCCAAGGAGUUCGAAAGAUCCCUUACCUGGGCCUCUGCUCUUGCGAAGAGCAGGGCAACUCGGGGCAAUGGCGGAUGGUCGACCCGCCCGUCCUCCCACUCACACAUGGCCCAAACCACAGCUUUGACUGGAGGGAGACACUUUUACAUGAAUAACAUUUGUUGGCUUAUCAAUUCCACCGAGUGCACCAUCCAGCGGGAUGCAGCAAGAGCGC